AUGGACCCUUAUUCAUCUGGAGAAGACCUUAUUAUAAAGACAAGGAAACCUUAUACAAUCACUAAGCAACGUGAGCGAUGGACUGAAGAGGAGCAUAAUAGGUUCUUAGAAGCCCUCAAGCUCUAUGGCCGUGCUUGGCAGCGUAUAGAAGAACAUAUAGGAACCAAGACUGCUGUGCAGAUCAGAAGUCAUGCACAAAAGUUUUUCACUAAGUUGGAAAAGGAGGCCACUGUUAAGGGAGUUACAGUAGGACAAGCUCUUGACAUUGAUAUCCCUCCACCACGGCCGAAAAGAAAGCCAAGUAAUCCUUAUCCUCGAAAGACAUGUGGAGGAGCUCCUACUCUCCAGGUGGCAGUGAAGAAUGGGAAUACACCAUGCUCGGUUUCUUCUUCGUGCCAUAGUAAAUUGACAAUAACUUUGACGAAAGAAUCUGAAGAGGAACCUAAUGAUGAUGAAAAAUCAGAUAAUGGUAAUAAUGAGCAAAGGAACGUGCCUUGUUCAUUCCUAUCUCCUGAAAAGCCAUGUACUUUUAUGCAAUACGGCUCCCUUUCGAAAGAAGCAAACAAUCACGAUGGGACUGCCGCAUCUCAGAUCACAGUCGAAGCCCACACAACGAGUGCUGACUACAAACAGCCUUUAUUCAACGCUACAAAUGUUACCUCACAGGAUGAAAAGUUUGUGUAUUGUGAAAAGACAGCUGAACACAUUGAAAAAUCGACAAAGUACCCAAGUCACGUACCCGUGCACAUUCUAGACGGGAGCUUGGAUGUACCCGGACCUGAUACUGCACCAGAUACAUCAUCCUCAAACCAGCCUUUUUCUGAUUUUCAUCCAUCGAUCUUCAUUCCAAUCCAGAACCAAGACAAUUACCACCACCCUUCAUUUAUGCACCUUUCUUCAAUGUUUUCGAGCCUUAUUGUGUCUACUUUGUCUCAAAAUCCUGCAACCUAUGCUGCGGCCAGGUUUGCCGCCAAUUUGUGGCCAUUUUCGAACACCAUCGGGUUAGGACAACCUUGUACAGCCUCAGCAAGUUCAAUUGCUGCUGCCACAGUAGCAGCUGCCACCGCAUGGUGGGCCGCUCACGGGCUUCUUCCUCCUUUACUCCAUACACCUUUUCAAAUUCAACCUACUCCGAACAACAGUCGAGGAAGAACAGAAAACGGACCUGAUAAUCCUCCUCGUGUCCAAAUGACGAACGAACAAUACCAUCAGCAGCAAAAAGUCCCGAAAUCGUUGCUAGUUGCAUCGACAUCCGAAUCCGAAGCGAGUGCUGAUGCAAAACCGAAUGCUUCCGAAUUCUCUGCAGAAAAUGCAGAUACUGAAGCUGCUACAAACAUAUCAUCCAAGAGCCAAAAGCCGGUCGACCGCUCGUCGUGCGGCUCGAACACCCCAUCUGGCAGUGAUGCGGAGGCCGAUGCAAAGGGUGGAGAGAACGAGAAGAAGACGAACGAGAAGGAGAUUUCGUGGAAAGAAGUAUCUGAAGAGGGAAGACUGGCAUUCCAAGCGCUUUUCUCUAGAGAGGUAUUACCCCAAAGCUUUUCGCCUCUGCACGAUGACGAUAAAAAGAACAAAGAGAAGAAAAUGUUGCCCCUUAAAGAAAAUGCCGAGGAGAAAGAAGAAGAAAACAGGCUGCAGUUAGACCUUAAUGAUAUCUGUCCCGACAAGCAAGAAGGGGUGAUUAGGAACCAAGAAGAGGGGAUUCUAACUAUGGAACUUGGACCCAUUGCUAAGCUGAAAGCUCGGCGGACUGGUUUUAAACCUUACAAGAGAUGCUCGAUGGAGGCUAAGGACACUAGCGUCUCGACUAACUACCAGAUUGAAGAGAAAGGUCCCAAGAGACUGCGUAUAGAAGGAGAAGCUUCGCCUUAA